UGGUCUUUUGGAACCACGACUCCCAUGAAGCUCAGCAAUCAUCCUAACAGAAAAGUUGUGUGGUUAAACGUUAAAGGAAUUACAGUGCCACAGCAGCCAGAGAGCGAUCUGUUUGCAGCACAUUGCAUGCAUUGGCUGUGAUCGAUAUGGCUCAGGUCUAUCACGAUGCAUCUAUCAACGGGGUGGCAGCAGAUGGUGCAGGGGUUCUGCAGCUGGCAGAUGACACUCCUGUCCUGGAUGGAGCCAAUGCACAGGUUGAAGAAUUCUUGGGCGAGAGGGCGGAUGAUGAUGAGGAAGCAGAGGAGAAAAGAUAUUAUCGACGCAAGAGACUUCUGACAGUAAAAAGUGUUGUCUUUGCAAGUCUAGGGACAGCCAUAAUAUAUGGGGUGUAUUUAGGCCUCUUGCAGAUGCAGCUGAUCUUGCAUUAUGAUGAGACGUACCGUGAUGUGAAAUAUGGUAACAUGGGAUUGCAGGAUAUCGACAAUAAGAUGCUAAUGGGUAUUAAUGUGACACCGAUUGCUGCAUUGCUGUAUACACCCAUCCUCAUCAGGUUCUUCGGCACUAAGUGGAUGCUGUUCCUGUCCUCUGGUAUCUAUGCUCUGUUUGUUUCAACCAAUUACUGGGAGAGAUACUACACACUCGUCCCUUCAGCUACAGUAAUUGGAGUCAUGAUUGUGCCCUUCUGGGCAUCAAUCGGUAAUUAUAUCACCAGGAUGGCUCAGAAGUACUAUGAGUUUGUUAACUAUAAAGAGCAAAAUGUGAAGGAGCAGAAUAAGUUGCCACGAGGAGCCAGCCACAAGUAUAUCAUCAUCUUCCAAAGUAUCUUUUACUCCAUCUUCCAUAUAAGUUUUGUGCUGUCCCAGUUUCCAGUAUUUUUCUUUCUCAGCAAUUACCUGUAUUCAUACAACCACACUCUCCACAGUGUAAAUGAAUGUGGAGCCUCCAUAAUGCAUGGGAUCCUUCCUAAAUUCAAUGUAACGGUUCUACACACUCUGCCUCCCAGUUUGAGUCUCAUUUAUGUGGAGAGCACACUCAUGGGAGCUGCCCUGUUAUCAAUGAUACUAAUCUUGGCCCUCUGUGGUUCUGCCUACCGCCCAACUGAGGAAAUUGAUUUGCGCAGCAUAGGUUGGGGUAACAUCUUCCAGCUGCCCUUCAAACAUGCCCGAGAUUAUCGCCUACGAUGCUUGGCUCCUUACUUCUUGUACAGUGGAUUUGAAGUAUUGUUUGCCUGUACCGGGUUUGCACUGUGUUAUGGAGUAUGCGCUCUUGGAUUGGAGACACUUCCAUAUCUCAUCACUGCCUAUGGUCUUUCUAGUUCUGUCUCUUCCUUUUUUGCGCUCAGCAUGCUCCACCUCCCAAGACAGGUACCCCUAGUUGGCGGAGCCUUACUUCAUUCCUGCAUCCUGAUUGGACUGUUCUUCUGGAGCCCAACACCCAAACUGCUGUCCCAAGGACCCAUAUUGUACAUAGUGGCUGUGCUGUGGGGGAUGGGGAGCGCCAUGAACAAGACUGGUCUUAGCAUUAUAAUUGGGAUGUUUUAUGAAGACAAGGAACGGCAGGACUUUGUGUUUACAAUUUAUCAUUGGCUUCAAGCAUUUGCUAUAUUCAUUGUCUACCUGUGGUCUUGGCUUCCUAUGAAGGCCAAAUUGGCCAUUAUGUUGUCUUCUGCAUUAGUUUCAAUACUUUCCUACUUAUGGAUGGAGCACAAGCUUCGCAACAAAGUGCCAUAUCGUGUGCCCAAAAUACCAGCCCCACGCCACAAGGUUAAAGGUUACCGUUAUUUAGAGGAGGAAAAUUCUGAUGAAUCUGGAUCAGAUGGGGAAAGUGAACAGAGCAAAGGGGAGGAGAGUGACGCAGAUGAAAAUGGAAGGGAACCCAUACGCCAGAGGUGCAGAAACUCAAACAAGGAACAAUGCUACGAGCAAGCAGUAGAGGAGGAGUGAUCAAAACAUCUGUAAUAACAAUUACUCCUAGUUUCUGUGUGACAAUAUCCGUAACCUUUUACGACCUACAGUGGUAGUUUUGUUAUAUGUACAGAACAAGUGUAUCAUCAUGUAUAUACUCUCCGUUGGUGCACAUGUGGUGAUUGUUCCACUUCUAUGAGUUUGCAAAA